UUACAUCAACAGCCUCACCAGGCUGUCGUAUUCACAUCGCACUAUCGCUUAAGUGAUCUAGUGCACUGAGUUUGUCUUUCUAUCUUCCCACCACCUCUCACUACUACUCUCCAGAUCUCUACUUCUUCAAUUGAAUUUUCCUAUUCUCUUGAGAAAAUUACUACACUUUAACACCAAUAUCAUGUCUUCUUCUAAGCCCAGCGAGGAAGGCAUCCACCAAUGGCUCCACGUCGACCAAUUCCCCGAAGAGCUCAAGAAAUACUGGUUUCAGCGCUUCAAAAUCUGGGAGCAAUACGACAAAGGUAUCUGGAUGACCGAAGAUGCCUGGUUCGGCGUAACCCCAGAACCCAUUGCAAAUAAAAUUGCAGCACACAUCGCCGAAUCCGUCCCAUCCUCCAAGUCGAUCAUCGUCGACGCCUUCGCCGGCGUCGGCGGCAACGCCAUCGCACUCGCCCGCUCCGGCCGCUGGGAGCGCGUCUUCGCGAUUGAAAAAGACGAGAAGACUAUGAAGUGCGCGAAACACAAUGCCGAAGUGUACGGCGUGGCGAGUAAGAUCUUUUGGUUGACGGGGGAUUGUUUCGAGGCGAUUCAGAGGUUCAAGGGAAGUAAUGAGGUUGUGAUUUUUGCGAGUCCGCCUUGGGGCGGCGUCGAAUACGGCUCCGAAGAUGUGUUCGACUUGACUUCCAUGCAGCCGUACAACCUGGAAAAAUUGUACAAGAGCUUCACGAAAUACACGGAUGAAGUCGUGCUGUACCUCCCCAGAAAUUCAGACUUGAAUCAGAUUGCGAGGUAUGCCAAGGACGAGAAGAAGAAACUUGAGGUUGCGCAUUAUGCUAUCAUGGGGGCUAGUAAGGCUUUGUGUGUGUACUUUGGGGACUUUAAGUUUGAUGUGGACGAAGAACAGCCGUGA